AUGAGCUGCCUCUCGAUCGACAGCGCAACAAGCGACAAGAAGCGCCGCUUCCCACUGCGGGCCUUCGAACGGUUCUGCGUCUCUCGACCCGACGUGUCGGCCAAGUGCUGCCACGCUCUCGCCAUCCGCGGCGACAUGGACCAACUGCUGGAGUUCCUCCCGACGGCCGUCAUGCGCACCUUCAACCGCCACCCGCGUCUGCGAGCGCUGGUCGUCCCAGACAAAGAGUUUACGGCCGAAGUGCAGCCGCCGAUCUCGCUGGACGAUGUCGCCGACAAGCAGCUGCUGCGCGUUCGCGAGCUCUCCGACUCGGACGAAGACGCGGCGGCGUGGCAGAACUGGAACCAGUUCGUGCAGAGCGAGUCCCACAAGCCUUUUGACCGCUCGAAGCAGUUCAUGUUCUACCUCACCGUGUGGGUCAACAAGGCCGAGGGCGGAGCGCGCUUCUUCCUCUUCUCGGACCACACCAUGUCGGACGGAGACACGGGGCAGAUCUUCGUCAACGACACGCUCGAGCAAGUCGCGCUGCUCUCGAUCGAAGCAGCGAAACCAGUGUGUGAACUGCCCCUGCGUCCGUCGCUCUACGACAUGUGGGUCAAGCAACCGUGGUGGCUCCGGCCGCUGGCAAAGGCCAUUCUCACGCUCUCGGUCGUCCCGGCCUUUGUCAAGUUUAUGAAGGCGUUCAAGCCUGUGUUGACCCCGCGCGAAGACCAGAAAGACUUCAGCGCCAAGUACAACCCCAACAGCACCACGCUGCUCAGCCAAGCAGGCGACCCGUCCAACAUGCGCGACACCUUGCGCAGGUGCAAGGAGGAAGGCGUGACGGUCGGAGGAGCCCUCGUCCCGAUGAUGGUGCUAGCUUUCAACUACGCGAGUAGAGUGGAACGCAAGCUCAAGGCUAUUGACGCGCCCGAGGAGACGUUCCGCCUCCUGGCGGACGUUUGUUACAACAUGCGCCAACGUGUGCCGCAGCCCGCAGAGGAGAAGCACGUGGGUCUCUACGUGGCUAUCGCUCCACUCACGAAGCUGGCCACAGAAGGCGUCAACAUGAAGACUACCAAGUUCUGGGACCUCGCUCGGGCUUCCAAGCAGCAGAUGGACGCUUACGACGACGAGCUGCUAGCAAUGGCGCUCCCGUGUUUCCUCAUUGACCGCAAACUCACUCGACCGAAAGUGGGCAAAGUGCUCGGCGAUUUUACGAUCCCGCGCUCGUGCACAGGCGACGCCACGAUCUCGAAUAUCGGCCGCUACAUGUUCAAAACAAAGCACGUCCUGGCUUCCAAUGGCGUGCUUGAGGUGCAGGAUAUGUUCGGUUUCUGCGCGAUUCCCUACAUCGCCACGUCGUCGACGAUUUGGCUUUCGUCCGUCAACUCGUUCAACUACUCGCUGGCGCACAAAGUGAGCGAGAAAGUUGGCAGCGAACUCUUCAAUGCUUACGUCAAGAUCUGCGAAAACACCGGCAAGAUCGGAAAGGACGACACGAUGGAGGACGUGCUCAAGCGCCUCGACAUUCAAGUGGAGCCGAGAGCGCGUUGUUACUAG